GUCUACGGUCUCUACAAAGGUUGCAUCUGUCUUGGGUAUACAGACCACGGAAACAAGGACACGGGCUUCGAAACACAUCUCUCAUUCUUUUCCUCGGGCAUGUUGAAGACUGGUCAGUUCAUACUGGAGUAUUGAUCAUACAACGACAACCUUUACUGCCUCGAAAGACAGACAAAGAUAAAUGUCGAUAACUGUUUCGGCAGCAUGUCAUAGAAUCCGUCCAAGACCGUUUUAACGUCUGGAGUCCGGCAAGACUACAGCUUUAAAAUUGUGAAAGGUGUUUUUAAGAUCACCUGGAGAGUGAAUGAGGGCGCACUUUUUCACAGCGGUUGCAACUAUGACAAAAUUUUUCAGUUGAAGACAACUGCAUGAAACAAACUACCGUCAAACGAGUCUUACUAUAACUGUUGGAAAAAAAAUCUUUACGUAUCCUUUAGGGGCAAGGAACAUUACUGCAGAGCUAAAUCAUUUAUCUUUUUCACACAAUGGCUAGAAUAUUUCACGGGAAUGACAGCCAGACGAACGGCGUUUGGACUCUCUGGGAAUAAUAGCUCCCAGCCUGGUGACGACCGUUAGCGCCCCGCCGCGCCCGCUACCAGCGUCCCGUCUCCCCUCGUCGGGCAUCCGCGCCUGCCCACCCCUCCUGCCAUGGAGAGCCUGAGCGAGCUGCAGAACCCGCUCCUCGACAAGAACAGCAAGCACGUCGUCAAGGGCGACUACGGCUACCAGGGCGACUUCCCCAGCAGCCAGUACCAGGAGAACAUCAUCAACUACUUCGUGACGGGCGGUGGCAGCAAGGCCAAAGCGCAGCAGCUGCUGGACGCCACCUCUCUGCACCUGGCCGUGGAGGCCUUCUACAGGCCCAACUUCAUCCUCUACAAGGACGACGUCAAGAGCAAGGAUUACAAAAGCGAGUGCUGCGAGACCACCUUCACGGAGAGCAAGGAGCAGGCGGCCGAGAACGCCGGCGCCGCCACCGAUGACCCGCAGGCCAAGCUGCUGGGGGAGAACGAUGGGAAGAUCCAGACCGUGUCCUACGAGGUGGAGGAAGAGGAGUACCAUGAGUAUGAGAGUGACUGUUCCAGCGACAGUGAGAGUGAGGACAACUUCAUCAUGGUGCCCCCUCGGGACCACCUGGGCCUGGCCAUCUUCUCCAUGCUCUGCUGCUUCUGGCCCCUGGGCAUCGCUGCCUUCUACUUCUCUCAGGGGACGAGCAAAGCCAUCGCCAAGGGAGACUUCCCCCUCGCAAGCACCGCCUCACGGAGGGCGCUGUUCCUGGCCGCCCUCUCCAUAACCAUCGGCACGGGAGUGUACGUAGGCGUGGUGGUGGCCCUCAUCGCUUACCUGUCCAAGUCGGGACACGUAUAGCAGCAGGAGAGGGCCGCCCCGGGUGGAGGCUCGGGACGGCGUCGUCGCCACUGCACUUCGCAGCGUCUCUCUCAGCAGCUCUGCCAGC